AGAGGCGGACACAGGGCUGGGCUUCGUGCUGAGGGCUCGCUCGUGUGAUAGCGGUAGCUGUGGCCGAGGUCUCUCGGUUCUGCAGCACGUGACGGUCGGGCAGCCCCCGCCACGGUCUUCACUGCAGCGCGGGGCCGAGUUGUGCGGGUGGGAGAAGGUGUGGGCGCCGCCGGCGUUCCCUUGGAGGCUCCAGAUCAUGGAAAAGAAAUGGUUACUGUAUGUGCUACUGGUCCUUGGAACUGCCAUUGUUCAGGCUCAUGAUGGACAUGAUGAUGAUAUGAUUGAUAUUGAGGAUGAUCUUGAUGAUGUCAUUGAAGAGGUAGAAGAUUCGAAAUCAAAACCAGAUAGCAGCACACUUCCAUCUCCUAAGGUUACCUACAAAGCUCCAGUUCCAACAGGGGAAGUUUAUUUUGCUGAUUCUUUUGACAGAGGAUCUCUGUCAGGGUGGAUUUUAUCCAAAGCCAAGAAAGAUGACACUGAUGAUGAAAUUGCCAAAUAUGAUGGAAAGUGGGAGGUAGAUGAAAUGAAGGAAACAAAGCUUCCAGGUGAUAAAGGACUUGUGUUGAUAUCUCGGGCCAAGCAUCAUGCCAUCUCUGCUAAGCUGAACAAGCCCUUCCUGUUUGAUACUAAGCCCCUCAUUGUUCAGUAUGAAGUUAACUUUCAGAAUGGAAUAGAAUGUGGUGGUGCCUAUGUGAAACUGCUUUCCAAAACUCCAGAACUCAAUCUGGAUCAGUUCCACGACAAGACUCCCUAUACAAUUAUGUUUGGUCCAGAUAAAUGUGGAGAAGACUAUAAAUUGCACUUCAUCUUCCGCCACAAAAACCCAAAGACAGGAGUAUAUGAAGAAAAGCAUGCUAAGAGGCCAGAUGCAGAUCUGAAGACCUAUUUUACUGAUAAGAAAACACAUCUUUAUACAUUAAUCUUGAAUCCAGAUAAUAGUUUUGAAAUAUUAGUUGACCAAUCUGUCGUGAACAGUGGCAAUCUGCUAAAUGACAUGACUCCUGCUGUAAACCCUUCACGAGAAAUCGAGGACCCAGAAGAUCAGAAACCUGAAGACUGGGAUGAAAGACCUAAGAUACCCGAUCCAGAUGCUGUCAAGCCAGAUGACUGGGAUGAAGAUGCCCCUGCUAAGAUUCCAGAUGAAGAGGCCACAAAACCUGAAGGCUGGCUGGAUGAUGAACCUGAAUAUAUACCUGAUCCAGAUGCAGAGAAGCCAGAAGACUGGGAUGAGGAUAUGGAUGGAGAAUGGGAGGCUCCUCAGAUUGCCAACCCUAAGUGUGAAUCAGCUCCUGGGUGUGGUGUCUGGCAGCGACCUAUGAUUGACAACCCCAAUUAUAAGGGCAAAUGGAAGCCUCCCAUGAUUGACAAUCCUAACUACCAGGGAAUCUGGAAACCCAGGAAAAUACCAAAUCCAGAUUUCUUUGAAGAUCUGGAACCUUUCAAAAUGACUCCUUUCAGUGCUAUUGGUUUGGAACUGUGGUCCAUGACUUCUGACAUUUUUUUUGACAACUUUAUCAUUAGUGGUGAUCGAAGAGUAGUUGAUGAUUGGGCCAAUGAUGGAUGGGGCCUGAAGAAAGCUGCUGAUGGGGCUGCUGAGCCAGGUGUCGUGGGGCAGAUGCUGGAGGCAGCUGAGGAGCGCCCAUGGCUCUGGGUGGUCUACAUUUUGACUGUAGCUUUGCCAGUAUUCCUUGUUAUUCUCUUCUGCUGUUCUGGAAAGAAACAAUCCAAUGCUAUGGAGUACAAGAAGACAGAUGCUCCCCAACCAGAUGUGAAGGAAGAAGAAGGGAAGGAAGAGGAAAAGAACAAGGGAGAUGAGGAGGAAGAAGUUGAAGAAAAACUUGAAGAAAAGCAGAAAAGUGAUGCUGAAGAAGAUGCUGACGCUAUCAGUCAAGAGGAGGAAGACAGAAAACCUAAAGCAGAGGAGGAUGAAAUUUUGAACAGAUCGCCAAGAAACAGAAAGCCUCGGAGAGAGUGAAAUAAUCUUGAGAACUUGAUCUGUGAUUUCCUCUUCCUUCCCCUCCCUUGCAAGUGUGGUCCUAGGACAGGACCUGCUAUACCUUAGGUUAAAACUCCGAAAACCUCAAGACAUCACCAUCCACAGGUUCCAGUCAAACACUAGUCUGUAUAAGUUUAAACAUCUAGCAGUACAUAAUUGCGGUUGUGACAUAAAGGAGCCUGUUUCUGUAGAAAAGAAAACAUUUAACAUAAUGGUUGUGAAAUGUAACAUGAAGCAACUAACUUGUAUUUUCUGUUUGUUUGUUUGUUUUAAACAUCUUUUUUUUUAAUAGAAUGAUAGAAUUUUACCAGUCUAAAAUCUUGGCUUAAUUUAAUAUAUUAAUCUAUCCACAAAAACCACCAUCAUCAUUUUGAAGUAUUAGGGGGAAGAAUUGCAGUUUUUACAACAAAUUUUUUGUUUGGUAUUGCAAAACAUUCAAGUGUCUUUGUCCCUUAAAAUUGAUAAUCACGUUUAAGCAUAGUCAUUUGUCUUUAUAAUCUUGUUUUGUGUGCUUCCAUUACUCAGUUCCUCCUAAGGAAAAUGAGAGGGAUUAGGUGGAAGCCCAAAUUUAUAGAAGAGUCCCUUUAAAUUGUAUUGAGAAUAGACCAAAAAAAAAAAAAUCUUCAAAAGCAAAACACUUCACUUGAUGUUGGUUAGAUCAAAGUUAAUGUGUUCUGUGUUGCCCUUGGAACUGCUUAGUUCUCAGACAGGUUUGCAGUUAGUUAGGGGAGGAGGUGGCUUACUGUAGCAGUUUUGGGCAUUCUUAUAUCACACAUAGGGAGUGUCUGGCUUCCAGGCCUCUGGAGAACAAGGUUCAUUUUUAAGGCAUGCUGGUGGGGCCAGAGUAGAUGUUUUCAUCACUUGUGCCACUGUGUUGACACUGUUUCCUUACCUAUUUCCCCCAAACCCUCGCUUUCUCCUCUGCUAUGCAUACUCUUCACAGCGCAGCUUGCAGUCCGUUGCUGAAAAUGAUUAUAAAGCUCUGCAUAGUGUUAAGCUUUAUUGUGAUUAAAUGUGUUCCUUCUUUUUAAGCAGACCCACACCUUUCCAGGGUCUACCUACAGGAUAGAAUACAAGCUCAUUUUUAUCCAUUUCUUUUACUCAGUGUAAAGACUAGAAGUCUAAUAAAAGGUGGGCCAGUUUAGAAUUGACUAUAAUUGAACACAGGCUAAAAGUAUUUAUGGGAGGAGUGACAUGUAGCAUGAGUUAUUUGACUUUUGUAGGGUAUUUAAAGUCUUCAUUUGCAAUUCAUGUAAAAGUUGUCUUAAAUUUACACAAUAAAGCAGUCUGUUCGAUUUUUUUUUAAAGUGGUUUUGAGGCAUUUUUUUCAAAAGUGAUUUUAGGGUUUUUUUUAAUGUGGCAUGUAGAUGGGUGCUAACAUAGCUUCUCCCCCAUUACUAUAGUGUAAUAAUAAUAAUAUUACACCACACUGAAAUGUAUUCAGAAACAGAUGUUUCAACUUUAUUCUUUUUUCAGAGGCGUUUUAAGUUGUACCGAUGAUACUGUUUCUUGCACUGACUAUAUAUAAACACUCCAUAGUGUUUAUAUUGGGGAGAUACUGGGAUAGACAUAUAUUUGUAAAAGAUGAAGACUGUACCUGUUGUUUUUUUUUUUGUUGUUGUUGUUUUUUAAUUCUGGUUCAUUUAAGUUUUUCUUCAGGCUGGAAUGCAUUUUUCUUGCUGUUCAGUGCUUUAUCCUUCUGAUCUGUUGUUCUGUGGUCCCAGUGACCUUAGCUAUGUAGCAGACUUCCCAAAAUGUAUGGAGUGCAAAUAAAUAGUUACUUAGCAAGAACUUAAAAUAUGUCUGCAGGUUUCUCCUUGAAGCAAAUGUGUGAGUAUCAUUGCAUAUCUAGAAAUCUGUUUCAUCCUUCUCCAUUGACAUUGUAUUUGAUGCCUAAUUUCUUCCAUCUGAUCUGUGAAUUGACAGGCCUAUUUAAACCAUCAGUAUUUAUUGCCUUUCAGGGUUAUUAGCAAAAUUUGUAGAAAAAAAAUUCUCACCCCCUCCCUUACACACAAUUUGUGUUGAAGGCAAUCCCAAGUAGUUAAAUGUUUGACACUUUAAUGAAUGACCAGCAGUUUUCAGCUUUCAAAAGCUCUUACAUAAAGGGCUGGUGUUGCAUCUCAGUAGUAGAGUGCUUGCCUAUCAUGGAAAGGCCCUAACUUUGAGCACUAGUACCAGGCCAAACAAAGCAAGGCACAUUCAGAUUUUACAUGCUGGCUACCUGUCCUAUUGCUGUAACAUGCCCAGUCUCCCACAGCUGUCUUGAUCCAUUUUUCUUGUACACAGAGUAUGCUUUACUUCUCAAAUUGUCACAUUACUUAAUGGUGUUACAUUAAAGCCCUAUGUUGUAUCUUUUUACUGAA